AGGCUGCGAGUUCCUAAGCAUACUCCGUCCCUUCCUCUUUGGUGGAAAGCAGAAGUCCUGAACACUCCUAUUCUUCGAUGUUUUAAGUGUACUCCCUAUAGCUACGAACUCUAUAAGUCUUUAUCGAUGACUUAUGAAUUAAGUCGGCAAGCCCUUAAAGAGUUGGGCCGAGACGCUAAAUUUAAAGACGAUAUUAGGUAUUAUAACUUUCGCCGUUGGACGGGAAUUUUACGAGCUAGGAGUGGUAAAGGGUGCUUAGUUAAUCUAGCGACGCCGUCUUUAAAAAAUAUUAUUAAUCAUAAUUUAUUAGACGCGAUCUCUAGUAUGUCGUUCUUCUUCGACCAUCUUAGGAGGGCCUUAUAUGUUUUACCGGAAGUAUGCUUAGGAAAAGGGAUGUUCACGCUCUAUAUAAGCUUUCGGAUAUGUAUAAGUAUAUAA